AUGUUAAAUACAAAACUAACUAAACUCAUCGAUUCAAAAGCAGAUUAAGUCAGCACAUCAAUUAAGUCAGCCCAAAACACAUUCCAAAAUCACUCAUCCCAAUUAACCAACCAAAUUGCAGAAGCCAACCAAACCAUGAAAGUUGCUGCUCCUAUCCUCAAAAUGGUGGGACAUUCAGAGGCAACACAAAUUGCCAAAGGAUUAGAUUUGGCCUAGAAGAACCUCGUUCCCAUUCUGGAUUAGACCAAUAAGGUUGUACAAAAGAGCACAGACAUCGCCAAUUCUUAAAUUUAAAAGGCAUAGAACUUGGCCAAUUAAUAAAUUCAAAAAGUCAAUGUAAGUGUAUCAUUAAUACUAAAGGAGGCAGUUGGAUCGCAAUUGGAAUAGGGUCAAUAGAUUAUUAAGCAAUAAUACGAAAAAGGCAUGGAAGCUAUUAAAGAGAAUUAAAAUGUUUAAACUAUUGCAGCUAAAGGUGCAGCUAUAGGAAUGGCGAUCAAUUAAAUGAUGGAUACUCCAACAGAUGAUGGAUUUGGAAAGAUGAAUUAACAAUUGGACAACACUUAACAAAAAUAAAAUUAAGAAUAAUAAUCUCAAUAGAAUAGAAAUGUAAUACCCACUUAAGCCACCAUUAAUGCAGAUUUCAAUAAGCAACAAUAAAAACUAGAAUCGAACUCUUUCCAAAACACAAUUAAACAAUACAUUAAAAAAAUUACAGGUAAAUAAGUCAAUUCAAGAAUUGAAUAUUUAUGUCUUAUCUUGUAGAAACUAAAGGAGAAUAUUGACAUAAAUUAUCUAUAACAAUCUAAGGAGGCAUUAAAAAAUGAAAUUUGGAAGGCGGCUUAUCAAGAAAGAAGAAUCUAAAGUCAUUAAAUAUUUGUUUAAUAUAUGACUAAGAUGGUCGAAUUUAUUUUUGAAUAUUUAACAAUAGUUGAAACUGUAUUCUAGCAAAUCAAAAUGAGAUACAAAUCAUCCAAUAACUCAUUUGAAAUGAUGCAGACUUAUUUGAAUAAUCUAUCGAUACAAUUAGACUACUUUGGCACAUAUUCUUAUGUUUAACCAAACUAAAAAUUAUUGAGCAGACUAUUCACAAAUCAAACUCAAAAAUAAGAAAAAUCAAAGAAGAAUAAAAAUAAAUAAUCUCAUCAAUCUAGUAACUAAAAUAUCAAUGGGAACACUUAGGACUAACCAUAGGAAGACAAAGAUAUUAUUUAAUAAUAAUACCAUUUAGACUUAUGCUAAAACUUUAGUAAUCUUGAGAGUGAGUAUCAAUAGCAUAUUUAAAAUAUCUAAAUAUUGAAGAACAAUUUGAAAGGGGAUAUUAAAGAGAAAUUAAUUAUGUGUUAAUAAAUGGACAAAUAAAAGAUAUCUGAUUAUUUGAUGCAAGUUUAAGGAUAACGAAACAUAACCUUCGAAGCUGUCGAACAAUUCUAUAAGAGUUUCAUUCAAUACGAGCAGAUCUAUGCUUAGAAUGUAGAUGCAGCCUUUCAGGGAUAACAACAAAUGAAGGAUAUCUAUGAUGAAGAAUACAAAAUGCAUUAUUACUUCAAGUCCCUGGUAACAUAAUAGCAAUAGUUCGGUGUAUUUACUACAUACAUUCUCAAAGAAAUAUCUGAAUUUGAAUUAAACAGAAUAGAAUUCGUAUAGAAAUUAUUCACUUAAUUAAAUACAGAAUUAGGAAAGUAUUUUCAAUUUCCAAACUAGAAAUCAAUUAAUUUUGCUAAUCCUCUAAUAUUAUAAUAAGCAAAAACAGCUUUUAACAUUAAUUAAAUAUUAACACCAGAAUAGCUAGUGGUGAUCAAGAAAUACUCAGGUAUCCCAUUAUAGAAGGAAAUAUCAACGGAGAUAUAUCAUGCCUUUGCUUCAAAUUUUACAGUACCCUCUCCUGAUUAUCUAUUGUAAUAAUCUCCUUUGAUUCUCAAGAAGUAUAGUGUUCAAAGGGAUGUUGCUUGGGAAAGAUCGUUAAGUUUUGGCAAAGAUUUUAUACCCACAAAUUUCAUAAUUUCAGUGGAUGGGUUCCUGUUAUUUUAUGACACUGAUUGGAAAGAACAAAAUAUAGAUGAACCUCUAUAAUGUCAUAAUUUUAUGGUCAUUAAUGAUUUAGGAAUUAAGGAAAGCUAAAGUGAUGAGACACUGAUAGAGUUGAAAGUGAAGAAGCACGGGAAACUGUUUGAUACGCAUAAGAAAUAAAUUUUGAAGAUGAAUGAUGUGAUGGAGAAGGAAUCAUUAAAAAUAUUACUAAAUCAAUUCAAAUGA